AUGAAAAACAACAAAGAUGAUGAUACCCCCCCUAUCUGUUUCUCCCUAUCUCUGUUAUUCUUUUUUUGUGCUUUUCUCUGUUCCUCUCUUUUUCUUUCUCUCUGGCUGUUUUUCUGCUCCUUACUCUCUCUGUAUGUUUUUCUCUGUCUCCCUCUCUCUCUCUCUCUGUACAUUUUUUGUUUCUCCCUCUUUCUCUCUACGUUUUUCUGUUUCUCCCACUUUCCCUCUACUACUGUUUCUUCCUCUCUCACUCUACGUUUCUCUGUUCAACUCACUCUCUCUGUGUUUUUCUCUUCCUUUCUCUCUCUCUAUCUCUGCAUUUUUCUCUUCCUUUCUCUCUCUCUCUCUACAUUUUUCUCUUCCUUUCUCUCUCUCUCUCUGCAUUUUUCUCUUCCUUUCUCUCUCUCUCUCUGCAUGUUUCUCUUCCUUUCUCUCUCUCUCUGCAUGUUUCUCUUCCUUUCUCUCUCUCUCUCUGCAUGUUUCUCUUCCUUUCUCUCUCUCUCUCUCUGCAUGUUUCUCUUCCUUUCUCUCUUUCUUUACGUUUUUCUCUUCCUCUCUCUCUCUCUCCUUUCCCUCCUCUCUUUCUCUAAAAUUUUGUUUCCUCUCAAAACGUUUAAAAAAAAAAAAGAUCUACGUUUUUCUGUUCCUCUCUCUCUCUCUCUCCGAUUGUUUGUUUCUUCUCACUCUACGUUUGUCUGUUCCUCUCACUCUCUCUCAACGUUUGUCUGUUCUUCUCUCUCUGUCUCUCUCAACAUUUGUCUGUUCUUCUCUCUCUCUCAACGUUUCUCUGUUCCUCUCUCUCUCUCCCUCUCUGCAUUUCUCUGUUCCUCUCUCUCCCUCUCUCUGCGUUUCUCUGUUCCUCUCUCUGCCCAUUUUUCUUUCUCUCUUUGUUUUUCUCUUUGCUUUUCUCUCUUUCUCUAUUUGUUUUUCUCUCUCUCUGUUUAUUUCUCUCUCACUCUUUUUUUUUCUCUCACUCUUUGUUUUUUCUGUCUCUUUGUUUUUUCUGUCUGUUUUUUCUGUCUCUCUCUUUUUUCUUUCUGUCUCUUUCUCUAUCUUUUCUUUCUCUGUCUGUCUGUCUGUCUCUUUAUCUUUUACUUUCUCUAUCUUUUUCUCUCUCUCAAAGAUAGGUAA